ACGACGGUGAUUGGUAUAAAUUAGCUGCGAAUCGUAAACUCGCCAUCGACAUUUCUAGCAAUCCUCUCUGCGAUUCUCACCAGCAUCGUCAAAGCACUAAUAUAUAAAUAUUCAGUAGCUGAAGAUUUCAUUUGCCAAACGACGCACGGAGACUCUGAUAUUACUGUAUUUAUUCGCUCUUCUUCGUUUCCCUAACUAGCACUUCCACAAAACAAGAGGAAUUUGCUUACGCAUUAUAAAGAGAAUAAUGGGAAAGCAGAAAGGAGAAAACGCCAGAAGCAAGUCACGCCCUUCCAGUAGCAGUCUCGCCGCCUCGCUCUUGCCUUCCGGCCCCGCCGCCGCUGCCGCCGUUGGAUUUGAUGGUUUUGUCGGCAGCUCGCGCCUCGAUCUUCCUUCUUCGUCCGAGGACUCCCUCCCCUUUGUCGAUGUUGAUAGUGAGCUUGCGGUUCACUUGAAGAGGCUAGGCAGGAAGGAUCCCACCACUAAGCUUAAGGCAUUGACAGCUCUAUCUAUGCUGCUUCAAGAAAAGUCUGCAAAAGAAAGCAUUCUAAUAGUUCCGCAAUGGGCAUUUGAGUAUAAAAGGCUUUUGCUGGACUACAAUAGGGAGGUUCGGCGGGCCACUCAUGAUACCAUGACUGCUCUUGUUACUUCUGUUGGGAGAGAUUUAGCUCUGCAUUUGAAGACUUUGAUGGGACCAUGGUGGUUUGCUCAAUUUGAUCGAGUUUCUGAAGUUUCUCAGGCAGCAAAAAGGUCUUUCCAGGCAGCCUUUCCAGCACAGGAAAAGAGACUUGAUGCUUUGGUUUUAUGCACAACACAGAUAUUUAUGUAUUUAGAAGAAAACCUAAAGCUCACACCGCAAAAUUUAUCUGAUAAAGCUGUAGCUACAGAUGAGUUAGAUGAGAUAUAUCAGCAGGUGAUAUCAUCAACGUUGUUAGCAUUGGCCACUCUUCUUGAUGUUUUAAUUUGCUUACAACAACGACCUGGUUUUGAGAACGUAACUACUGAACCUAAACAUGCUUCUAAGGCUAGGGCAGCUGCUGUUUCUUUUACCGAGAAGCUGUUCAAAGAUCAUAAAUACUUUCAUGACUUUUUGAGGUCAGAAAGGCCUAGCAUUCGAUCAGCUACUUAUAGUGUAUUGAAGAGCUUAAUAAAAAAUAUGCCACAGGCUAUUAAUGAUGGAAAUUUAAAAUCUGUUGCUGGUGCAAUUCUUGGUGCUUUCAAUGAGAAGGAUCCAACUUGUCAUCCCUCAAUGUGGGAUGUAAUAUUACUUUUCUCUAGACAAUUCCCAGAUGGUUGGUCUUCCUUAAACAUUCAAAAAAGCAUACUAAAUCCGUUUUGGAAUUUUCUUAGGAAUGGUUGCUUUGGUUCCCAGAAGGUUUCAUAUCCAGCUUUGGUUUUAUUCUUAGACAAUGUUCCACCUAAAUCUGUUGGAGGGGAUAAGUUUUUUCUUGAAUUUUUCAAGAACUUUUGGGCUGGAAGGAGAAUUUCUCUAUCUAUAGAUAGACUGGCAUUUUUCCAGGCACUGCAAGAAUGUUUCCUUUGGGCUUUGAAAAAUGCUUCAAGAUAUAAUGAUGGAGAAGAGUCAAUCUGUCACUUCCGAGUCACUCUUGUUGAUCAUGUCCUUGUAAAGCUUUUAUGGAAGGAUUUCCUUACAGCUGGAACCUCAAGAGCUGAUGACAUAAUCAACUUAGGAAAAGCAACAGUUUCAUUGGAGGAAAAUGUUUCUGAAAGCAAGAAAGUGGAUAUGCUGAAUAUGAAGUAUCCUAUGCCCUAUUUGCAAGAGUUGGGGAAGUGCUUUAUUGAAAUCCUUUUAGGCAUUUUUAUAUUGGAUAUCAAUGUUCUAUCUGUUUUUAUUGAGGAACUUCAGGAUAAUUGCAUGGGUGCUCUUGAGCAAGCAGUUAAUGUGGACAUUGUUGAACGAAUCAUUUUGUUCAUGUUUUUGCUGGAAAAACAUGCUGUGCUGAAAGGUGCAAUUUGGCCAUUGGCCUAUAUUGUGGGACCAAUGUUGGGGAAGUCUUUCUCACUCAUUAAAUCUUCAGAUUCACCAGAUACUGUGAGACUUCUGUCAGUUGCUGUUUCAGUAUUUGGACCACAAAUGAUUGUCCAAGAAGUUUUUAUUAAAAACAAAGGGCAUUAUUCUAGUCAGGUUUCAUGUAAUGGGGAUAAAGUAGGGGAAGCUGAAGACUUUAUGCAAAUAUUCAAGAAUAUAUUUGUUCCUUGGUGCCUGCAAUCAAAUAGUUGUUCAACCAGUGCUCGGGUAGAUUUGUUAUUGGCACUGCUGGAUGAUGAGCAUUUCUCAGAACAGUGGUCCUUCAUCAUCAACUAUGUGAUUGGCCAAAGUUAUUCUGAAUUCGAAUCAAAGUUAUUAGAUGCUGACCAUGCAGCAAUAUUGGCCAUGCUCCUGGAAAAAGCAAGGGAUGGGAGAAUGAAGAGGAAAGUGAAAGAUGAUUCCACUCAUAGUCCAGGCAGUAAUGCCAAAGAUUGGCAUCAUCAAUAUCUCGAAUUAUCUGCUAUUGCUGUUUCUCAAUCCCUGCCACCUUUCAGCACUUCUCAUGUGCAGUUUAUAUGCUCUCUUCUUGGUGGUUUAACAGAAGAAAAAUCUUCUUUUCUGUCCAGAAAUGCUUUGAUUCUCAUUUAUGAAGAGAUUUUCCGGAAGUUACUAUGUUUUCUCCAGACUUCACCUUUCUUUUGGGUACGGAAUGCGGCUUCUGUUUUAAUCAAUGAUGAAAAAACCUCUGUAGAAUUUGAUAGUUCUCUCAACAUUAUUGAGAUAGCUAAAUUUGCUCUUGACAUACUUGAUGGUAGUUUCUAUAGCCUGAAGACUCUUGAUGGGGAAAGUGGACUUGUAUCUGGAAUUUUAUCUGCAAUUUUUGUCAUUGAAUGGGAGUGUAAUUUAAGCAAAGCACUAGGUGAUUCACUUGAUGACAAUUCAAUGAUACAAAUCAAGCCCAGGAUAACAUUUGGUGAAUACGUGUGUGCUUUCCAUAACAAGAUAAAUGUUCAAUUUUUGAAAAGCCUUUGCUCAGAUAGCCGCAAGAGAUUGUCAAAUAUCUUAGUUCAGUCAACAAGAUUAGCUCUAUUUGCCGAAGAUAGACUUAGUAAUGAUGAAAUUGUAUCGUUAUGCUGUACAUGGGUUCUUGAAGUUCUUGAGCAUGUCUGUCUGGAUGAAAAUGAAGAACAAAGUGUGCUACAAUAUCUACUGAGUAAGGAUGAAGUGUGGCCUGUGUUUGUUGCUCCAAAUUUUAGCUUGACAAAGGCUUCUGGAGACAAGAAGUUUGUUGCUUUUAUUGACAGGUUAAUAUCAAAAAUAGGGAUUGAUAGAGUUAUUUCUGGGUGUGGUGUUCUUAAUCCAUCUUUGCUUGGAAAAGGUCAAGAGCUUGCAUCUUCUGCAUGGUUAACUGCUGAAAUCCUGUGCACUUGGAGAUGGCCUGGAAGCUGUGCUAUGUCUUCUUUCUUACCUUCAUUCUGUGCUUAUGCCAAGGGCAGUAAUUCUGUACAGGAAGGCCUGUUAGAUGAAACAUUAAGAAUUUUGCUUGAUGGUUCCCUUGUUUAUGGAGGCACUGGCACAAAAAAUUCCGUUAGUAUGUGGCCAGUUCCAGCUGAUGAAAUGGAAGGUGUUGAAGAACCAUUCUUAAGAGCACUUAUUUCGUUUCUCUCUGCUUUAUUCAAAGAGAAAAUAUGGGGCCCAGCAAAGGCAUCCAGUCUGAUAGAACUUUUUGUGAAUAAACUUUUUAUUGGGGAAGCAGUUAAUACUAAUUGUCUUAAGAUUCUACCUUUGCUUAUAAAUAUACUUCUAGAACCAUUUUAUGGGUAUGAGGAACCUGGUACUGGUGUCCAUCAUUGUACUUUAGAAGAAAGUUUUGUGCAAAAUACUAUGAUAGACUGGCUGGAGAGGGCACUAAGUCUUCCUCCUUUGGUCACAUGGAAAACAGGAGAAGACAUGGAGGAUUGGCUUCAGUUAGUUAUUGGCUGUUAUCCUUUCAUCUCAGUGGGUGGUUCACAAGCAUUGAAGCCAGCGAGAAAUAUCAGCUCUGAUGAGAGGAAGCUUCUGUAUAAAUUAUUCCAGAAGCAAAGGCAUGUUGCUGGUGGAUCAGCUAUAUUUAACCAGCUUACAGUGGUGCAGAUGCUUCUGUCAAAACUUAUGAUUGUUUCUGUAGGAUAUUGCUGGAAUGAAUUCUGUAAAGAAGAUUGGGACUUUUUAUUGUCUAACCUAAGGUGUUGGAUUCAAUCAGCAGUUGUCAUGAUGGAGGAUGUAACUGAAAAUAUAAAUGGUGUUGUUGAUAGCUCAGCUGAUAAUUUAAAUCUGAUGAGUCAGAAAAUUGAGCAAAUUGUUUUAAUUUCAGAUCCUUUUCCAAUAAAGAUUUGUGAAAAUGCCCUUUUGUCUUUCUUGCUUCUCCUUAAGCAUUGUAAACUUCAACAAGAUGAAGAGAGAGAUAAUCUAAGUACAUCUAAAUCAGAAAAUUUGGAUUCUGUUAAAGAUCGAAUUCUAGAGGGUGUCCUCCGCCUACUAUUUUGUACAGGCAUUUCUGAGGCUAUUGCAUCUGAUUGCUGUAAAGAAGCUGCCUUAGUUGUUGCAUCAUCACGGGUUGAAUAUACACACUUUUGGAAUUUGGUAGCUUUUGGGGUUGUUAAUUCCUCUUCACAAUGUAGAGAUAAAGCAGUGAAAUCAGUUGAAUUUUGGGGACUAAGGAAAGGGUCUAUUAGCUCUUUGUAUACUUUACUUUUUACUUCCAAGCCAAUUCCUCCAUUGCAGUUUGCUGCAUAUUUUGUUCUUUCAAAUGAUCCUGUUUUAAGCAUUGCUAUCCUUGAAGAUAAUGCUUGCAAUUCAAAUGUAUAUGCUGCUACUGACGAUGAUAGGCAGCAUGACAUGUCACUAGAAGAAAAGGUUCAUCUGAAAAAGGAAAUAUCUGUCAUGGUAGAAAGGGCGCCUUUUGAGGUUCUUGGAACGGACUCUCUUUCACAUCAACGCGUAAAUCUCUUCCUUGCUUGGUCUUUGUUGUUAUCACAUCUGCAGUCAUUAUCUUCCUCAUCUCAGAGGGAGAGACUGAUCCAGUACAUACAAGACUCUGCUACCCCAGUUGUUUUGGAUUGCCUUUUCCAGCAUAUUCCUGUAGAGACUUUCACAGUUCAGAGUCUAAAGAAGAAAGAUGCAGAGCUUUCUGGUGGCUUGUCGGAAGCUGCAAGUGCUGCAACCCGUGCCACCACAACUGGUUCACUCUUGUUUGCCGUGGAAUCUCUUUGGCCUGUUGAAUUGGAGAAAAUUUCAUCACUUGCUGGUGCAAUAUAUGGUUUAAUGCUCCAGGUUCUUCCAGCUUAUGUACGUGGCUGGUUUAGUGAUUUACGUGACCGUAACACUUCAGCUGUCAUUGAAUCCUUUACAAGGACUUGCUGCAGCCCUCCUCUCAUUGCAAAUGAAUUGUCUCAGAUUAAGAAAGCCGACUUUCGUGAUGAGAAUUUCUCAGUAAGUGUAAGCAAAUCAGCAAACGAGAUUGUUGCUACUUACACAAAGGAUGAAACGGGAAUGGAUCUAGUCAUUCGUCUCCCUGCAUCUUAUCCACUAAGGCCAGUAGAUGUUGAUUGUACAAGGAGCCUUGGAAUUGCUGAGACCAAGCAAAGGAAAUGGUUGAUGUCAAUGAUGCUAUUUGUUCGUAAUCAGAAUGGAGCUUUAGCAGAAGCUAUAGGAAUUUGGAAGCGCAAUUUCGAUAAAGAAUUUGAAGGUGUUGAGGAGUGCCCGAUCUGCUACAGUGUAAUUCACACCACAGACCACAGUCUUCCACGUCUUGGUUGCAAGACAUGCAAACACAAAUUUCAUUCUGCUUGUCUCUGUAAAUGGUUUUCUACUUCUCACAAAUCAUCAUGCCCAUUGUGUCAAUCUCCGUUCUAUGGUUUACACCUUGAGUAAUGAAUUCAGUUUUACCAAUUUUGCUGGCUUGUGAUUUCUUGCACUGAAAGUAGUGGAUGAAGAGAAUGUCUCGACAUUUGAGAAUUAACAGUAAUUUCAAGCAUUGAGAAUCAAUGCUCUGAUUGAGGCAGGGACAACUUACAAACUACAACUGGUUACCGAAGCAAAGGUGAUUUCCAGAUUCUUUUCUCCACAAAGCUUCUUUUUAUUAGAAAGAUAGCGUUGAACUCCUCGAAAUUAAAGAGGAAGUUGAACAGUGUUUUUUGCGGCAACAGCAUGGGUGUAUUAUAUUUUCCAUCAGGAGAGGUGUAUCAGAUUCCUUUCUCUUUUGUAAUAUUUAUCCUCUCAUUGGAUUUUGCUUCCCGUGGUUGUAAUAAUUAUCUCAGAAUGGCUUGUACAUUUUAGAUUAUUUUAUUGUCACAACCACUCAUAAAUUCAAUUAUGUUUAUUAGAAUUUAAUUUUAUAAUAUCAACUUACAGUGAGAGGGUUGCAUUUAUGUAUAUAAAUUGAUCAUAUCUUUUAUGUAUAUAUUAUUUAAA